AUGAAUGGUGAGUAUACAGACACACACAGGUUAUUUUUACAAGCUUCUAUCGCUGAAAGGUUUUUCACGGAGGAAACAGCGAUUAGAUUAUACCAGCAAGCAUGUCAAGCCACCGACGAUCAUAAUUCAGAAACUUUUACAGAAUUUAUCGCGACGAUUAAUGCAAAGCUAAAUAUUGUAGAUUUAGAACUUCGAAAAAGUCAUAACGAAGAUGAUGGAAAGCCAGUUUGGGCUUUAGUCAAUACAAAUGGUGAUGAUAUCGCACAAAUAGCCACCGAAUACUCACCUGUGGAAAUAACGUUUUUCAGAAGAUUGAUAGAACUUAUUGUUACAGCAGAUGAUGAGGAAUUUUCUGUAUCAUCAAUUAUAGCUUUAAAAGAAGUUUCAAAGUUAAAAGUUCCAUUAACAAAAAGUAACGGAGAAACGUUAUUACAACGAUUUACGGAUGAUAAAUGGUUGAUUAGAUCACGUGAAGGAAAGUAUUCAUUGAGUCAAAGAUCGAUCUUGGAAUUACAACAGUACCUCAAAGAAGAGUUCGAAGAUCACCUUUUAGAGUGUACUCUAUGUUAUGACAUUGUUACAAAAGGACAAAGGUGUAGGGUUGCACAAUGUAAAACACGUUUUCACAAUCAUUGUGUUCGUAGAUACUUUGAUUCAAGAAAUGAUUAUGUAUGUCCAGCCUGUAAAAUAGCUUGGGAUUCUUCAAAUGUAAUUGGUGAUAGUAUUAAUAGAUCAAGAAGUAAGCAUCAUAUCAAAAGAAUCACGAGAAAGUUUCAAGAAUUGGAAGUUUCGGAUGAUGAAAUGGACCAAUGA